AUGCUGAUCGAAAUCGCUCACCUGAUUUGGCACCCGCUGUUAGCUGUUGGCUUCGCGUUGGUGGUUGGCGUGGGUUGUGGGAAGAAGGGCGGGAAAACGCAGGCUACCCCCGCUGAGAAUGUGACGUUUGCCGUGGGCGCGCCGGGCCCAGCACCUGAAACCGGGCAGGAGGUUCAGGAAGAGGCUGUGAAUUCGGCCUCCAGUGCCCCGAUCGACAGCGGCACGGCUCCGGUUGACCCUACACCACGCAGCUUUGGGAAGGAUGACAAGCAGAAGGCCAUCGACCAGGGUCUGUUUGUGAAGAAGACUGCCUACCCCACACUCGAAGACAUCGACAGUGACUGGAGCGAUAAAGAGCAGAACCACGGGACGCCGUCCAACCAGUAUGGUGUCUCGCAGACGUGCCCCACAGCAUCUACUGGGCCAGCUGAGUCGUCGACGAUCCCCGACUGCCCCCGGCCCCGACGCGAGGAUGAAUUU